AUGAGUGCGGAGGAAUUGGGGAGGAGGUUGUUAGGUGAGGUUGAGAGCGAAGGCUUGCACACAGUUGUAUGUUACGCCUUCAACCAUUCAAUCUAUCUACGGCACACUUCCCUUCCAUCACCAGACAGCUACGUCAAAACAUUUCAAUAUCCUCAUACUGACGCCCUCCAGCUCCUCCGCGUCUUCAAAGUCGUCUCCGAUACCUCCCAAACGCCACUUUUCAACAUCCCACCCCUUGACGCCCUCGUAAACACCACACGUCCAAUACCUCCUCCGCCAGUCAUCCAGUCUCACGAUGCGCUCCUCUCCAGCUCACCACCGCACUCGCCCAUCCGCCGCCCAAUCAAGCCAUCCCCGCAACCAUUCAUAGACAUCUCAUCGCCGUCCUCGCACUCCGGCAAAACACACCUCCUCUACCUCAUCACCACCCUCGCCAUUCUCCCGCAAUCCUUCCAGUCGCACACGCUCAACGGUCUGGGCUGCGCCAUCAUCAUCAUCGAUACAGACGGUCGCUUCAACGUGAACAGACUCGCGCAGGUCAUGCGUGGCUACAUCGCCGCGAAUGCCACCCCCACCGAUAUCCGCUCAUCCCCUCCCCCCAACCCGAACGUCUCACACCACACCACACCACCACCACCGUCACCAACACAGCCACUGCCUCCCCUCUCCCCAGCUUCCGUGUCCCACAUCCUCGCCACCUCGCUCCCACACGUGCACAUCCUCCGCCCACAGUCGCUAGCCAGCACAAUCUCCACCCUGCGCGCCCUGCCGGCCUAUCUCCUCGAUUUGCAACGCCACAAAUCCGCGCGGCGCCGCUUGCACAGCGUUGUGCUCGACAGUGCGAGCACGUUUCUCUGGAAUGUGCGUGCGGAGGAGGACAUGGCGCGGCUUAUGGGCGGAGACGUAGCUCGCGACGGAGCGGCUGGCGAUGCGAUGCCGAGGGAAUCGCCAGGUCCGGAUGUGAAGAGCGGGAAUCGGAAUGAGAAUGACAACAGGGCGACGUACGCGGAGCUGGCCAUCACGCUAAAGGACGUUGGUGGGCAGUUCGGGUGUCCGGUGAUUGCGACGACCUGGGCUGUGCCGGUGACUGGUCAGAAUGCUGAUGGUGUGUCGAUGCGAAAUGUCAUGCCCGGGUCCUGGAUCUCGCAUGCUACUGUUCGCCUAUCCAUACGCAGGCGGCCGGUGGCACCGUUUGCGGUUGCGAUGAGUCUGGCACAGGCGCGCGCAGAGCGGGAAUUGCGAGCAAAAGUGGUGGAGAGGGGAAUGUUUGAUGUUGAGAUGAUUGGGCCGGGCAGGGUUAGGGACGGCUUUACUUUGGCGAUAACGGCGAAUGGGAUUAGGGUUGUGAUUGAUGAGCAUGAUCGAUGA